AUGCCUCUGAUCGUGCAGAAUGUCAAACCUCGCGUCAUUCUGGGUUUGAUGACUUUUGGUCCUGAUACUGAAGCAGGCGCACGCAUCACUUCCCUAGAUGACUACAAAAAAUGUCUAGACUAUUUCCAGCAGCAAGGCUAUAACGAAAUUGAUACUGCCCGCACCUACGUUGACGGGAAACAGGAAGCCUUUACAGCCCAAGCGGGCUGGAAGGAACGGGGCCUCACCAUAGCGACCAAAUGGUAUCCUAAAGAACCAGGCCACCACCACGCCAAUGUUGUGAAAGAGAAACUCAAUCAGUCUCUGAAAGAGUUGCAAACAGAUUGCGUUGAUAUUUUUUAUUUGCAUGCAGCGGAUAGAUCGGUCCCCUUCGCAGAGACGUUAGAGGCUGUCAACGAGCUCCAUAAGGAAGGGAAAUUUGUGCAACUUGGAUUGAGUAAUUAUUCAGCCUUUGAAGUUGCGGAGAUCGUCACUAUGUGCAAUGGGCGCGCCCGCUCGAUUGAAUCAGAACUCAUCCCCGCCUGCAGACGCUACGGUAUCGACGUGGUAAUUUACAACCCGCUAGCCGGUGGCCUCUUAUCCGGUAAAUACAAAACCACCGAAAUGCCAGCUACCGGCCGUUUUGCGAACCCGUCCUUAGGCGCUAUGUACCGCAAACGAUACUUCAGAGAUGCGAACCUCGACGCUCUACGUAUCAUUGAGCCGGUCGUGCAGAAGCAUAAUCUAACGCUAGUCGAGACCGCACUCCGCUGGGUGCAUCAUCACUCUGCGCUGAAUAUUGGAACCGGACCGUCAUCGCGCGAUGGAAUUAUCAUUGGCGUGGGCAGCUUUGAGCAGCUGCAGGCGAAUUUAGCGGAUAUGGAGAAAGGGCCGUUACCCAAGGAGGUUGUGGACGCACUGGAUGAGGCGUGGCUGAUUGCGAAAGCAACGAGCACAGACUACUGGCAUAUGGAUUUGAAAUAUACGUAUAAUACGGUUGAAGCCUUGUUCGGACCUAAAGCUUGA